CUAUACAUUAUGCCUCGUAAACACCAGGCCCUCUCUGCAGUUGAGUAAACAGACGCCCCCUAUAUGAGGAAGUAGUCUGUUGUCCAGUCACUAAAGGGUUAACCUUGAAGUGGAAGUAACCUCCUAGCUGUCUGGUUGUCUCCCUCUUUGCGGAUCCGUCUAUUUCAGAGCGAAGCUGCUUUUUCACGUUGCGUCAUUUUGCCAUUAAAAAUGUCCUGUGGAUGACUUUUUACAUCGUCGUCUUCAUUUGACGACAAACGGCAGUUUUGGUGGCGGCGCCGAGGACAAUUUAAUGCAUAUCCUACUGGUUUUGUAAACAUGGACCAGUAUGCGGCUGGACUAGCUGACAAACUGCUGCUGAAGCCUGACUGCUUUCCAACGUUACUCGUUCGUGUGGACUGAGCAAUCAUUUAUAACACCUUUGCAUUCGGAUUGACUGAGUUGGAGUGACUGUCAAGAUGCGUUCCAGUGCAGAUGGACAAUCCAGCCCCCGCAGCAGAGGAAGCACUAAUGACAAUAAUAACAAUAGCAGCAGUAAUGAGAACAAUGGAAACUCUGGUUCCCAGUAUGCACUCUGUGCUCUGGGUGUUGGACUGGUGGCCCUGGGCAUCGUGAUGAUCGUGUGGAGCGUGGUUCCUGCAGAAACCACUGGGAGCAGCGGCAGCAGUCCAGGUGGAGGAGAAGAUGAUUCUACUGGAUCAAGAAAAAGUAAAGCUUCCUCUGUGGCCUUUGUCCUGGUGGGCUCGGGGGUGGUCAUGCUGCUGCUCUCCUUGUGUUUGGGGAUGAGGAACAAGCAGCGGGAGCGGCAGAUGCUCCAGGAGUCACAGAACCACAGAGGAAUGACAGCCAGGGAGAAUGGGCAUGCGGAAAUUCCGGAGGAAGAUGCCCAACGCUAUGCUGUACCUACCUAUGAGGAGGCAGUAGGCAGUGGCCAAUACCCCGUCCGUCAAAGCAACCUUCAGCCCAGCUCCUCCCAGCUCCCUUCCUAUGAUGACUUGGUACAAGUUGAUGGGGUGCAGUAUGAAUUUGAGGGCUCAGACGUCACUGCAUCACAGCCAGGCCCCACGUCUGUCCCUACGACUGCUGUUGCUUCUGCAUCGAACCGUAAACAUGGCAAAAGUGGUCGCAAGCUCCUCCCCAUCAAGAUCCGGAGGAUAAAAUCAGAGAAGAUGCCUAAUUCUCAGCCUGUCGCUGGGAUCAGUAUAGAACCACUCACCCCACCACCACAGUAUGAGGACAAGGUACCUCCCCUUUAAGGUUUAUAUUGAUUUGAUUAUGUCUGUAUAGAUUCUAGAAGCUACCAUCAUGAUAUGAUCGGCUCAUGGUGAGCACAAUCCUCCUAGAAACUUCUCAGUAUCACAUUAAUGCUCUGUAAUUUCAAGGACCUAAAAUUAUUAUAAUCAAUUUAAGAAUAUCUGGUGGCAUACAGUGCCUUUCUAAUUUGUUAAUGUUAAUCCCAGAGUAAGUCUGUAUUGCAUUCGUCACACGUUGCAGUAUUUUUCAUACAAGAUGCGAGUACGUGCUUGUGGUAAUGGAUCCCUUUGUUAGUUAUUGACCAGUUUCCAUGAACCUUUGGUUACAUAAAGUGAUGAAAUCAGUCGGUUUUGGUUAUAAAAUUAUGCGAUGUGUAAGGGUUCUUCUUAGAAUGCUGCGAACGUGCAGUAAGUGAAAGGCCUACCCUUUACUGCGUCAUACUGCGUCAGUAGCCACCGUUAAAAAAAUAGUUGUCAUUGAGUUUUCUACCCACACGGUUGAAGCGUUUUAAAGUUCUGUGAAUCGUCUGUGCCCCACUUUAAUUUUGAAGACUACCCCUACCUCACUAUUUCAGGUGAAGACACUUGUGGUUUGUCCAAGUCAACUUCUAUGGUAUUCUUAAAAAAGCAUCCCCAAGAGAAGGAGGUAAACAAGGGAACAAUGGGAGUAAGCUUGUGGAUUGCCAAAGGCCUCAUCAUGGGAAUAUUAGUUGAACUUGGAAAGGAGCAAUGCAAGACUCGACUGUCACUUCUGCCUUUUAGUCUUAUUCAAAAUGACCAACAGAAAGACUCUUUGAGUGUGCAGCUGCACUGUUCUAACAGCAAGGCUUGCUCAUCAACCACAGCUUGACUUGCAGCUCUAUUUUCAAGAGCCACACAGCACAAUACCCCAUUCAGUGGCAAAUGUUGCUGUUAGCAGGCAGUUUUGUAUUUAGUGUACAGUAGUUAAUGGAACAAAGCUGUAAAUUAUAUACUGCCAUUAUUUGUAUGAAUCAACAGACAACAUAUUUUACACACAUGCAGAUUUCUUAUUGCAACAAAGUCCUAGUAUUAACAUUUUUGUUGUUGUUUAUGGUAAUUGAGUACCUCACAGGUUUAUAUCUUCCAUGAAUGAUUUUAGUACUCUGUUGCUGACGAUUGCAGACGGAGUUCUAUUUUAUUGGGUGUUGAACAAAUGUAUUCAUUCUGACUUCCUGAGAAGACAGAAAUAGACACCAGAAUAUCAAUAGGCUAUCGAGGACUGAUUUUAAAAGAAUUUGAAUGCUGUCAAGACUGUGCUAAAAUGAAAUGUGAUGUUCUGACUUGAAUUUACAAUGGAUUUUAUUACAUUGUAGUUAGAAUGUUUAUUUUAGCAGGGCGGUUUAUACAUUUUUUUUCCCAAAUGUUAAAUAAAAACUGUUACAUGACCAGUGGUGGUGUUAAUGUAUGUAAAGUUGGGAAAAUAAUGAUAGAACUACUUUUUGAGUUAUUUUAACCAAAACAGGGCUCUUUAUCCAAACGAGUCGGUGUUGGGGUUGCACAUGUUCAAGUGGUGUUUGCUACUUACUCCAUCCCCUGAUUUUAGUUUAAAAAAUCUACACAAUGGUGGAC